AUGCAAGAAACAAACCAACAAGCAGAAUUUAAUGGAAAUGAUAUUCUUCUUGUUUCUUCUGAAGAAAUUCAAAGAACUCAAAAACAAAGAAAAAAGAAUUGGAAAUGUACUUUUCCUAAUUGUAAUGAACCUGCUAAAACUCGUUUUAAUUGUUAUGCCCAUGUUUGGGAUAUUCAUCUUAGAGAAUACUAUACACAAAAAUUCCCAUAUUUAUAUUCAACAACAGCAUUUAAAAAGACUCAAAAUAAAGUGCCAUUAAAAAAUCUUUGUGAAAGUUAUAUGAUUCAACUUGUUGAAAAACAAAGUAUUUCUCAAAAAUUAGAAGGAAACUUAAAUAACAGAACACUACAAAAUAGUAAUAAUCAUAUUGAAAUUCCAACAACAGUAACAGAACAAAAUUCAUCAGAUAUUCAUGAAAUAGAAAUACCAUCAUUUAAUCAAUUUGAUACUCCAAAACAAUUUCAGCCAUUAGCAACUUUUAUUAACUCAAUUACUCAAAAUAAUUAUCCAUUUUCAUUCUUACCUACACACCAAAUUAAUAAUCAAAUAGAAUCCGUGAAAAUAGAACAACCAUUCCAAUCAGCUACAACUAUUGCUAUAGAAGAAAUAAAUCAAAUAAAUUCUAAUAUUCAAGAUAAUACAGAAUUCAUUAAAAUAGAAGAAAUAACAAAUCAAAUAAAAAGAUUACAUGUUUUUGGUGAAAUAUUUGCUGAAAAUGGAUAUUUUGUUCGAUCAGAUGUAAGAUCUAAAACAGACAUUCAAAUAAUUGAAAAUGCAUUAAAUUCAAUUCUUUCAUUAGUUGGAAAGAAAUAUUCAUAUAAAAAUGAACCAAAUAAAGUAAAAUAUGGAUUUAUUGCACAAGAAGUUCAAAAAGUUAUUCCAAAUUUAGUUCAAAAAGAUGACACUGGUAAUUUAAGUGUUGAUUAUUUAGGUAUUAUUCCAUAUAUUAUUGAAGCUUUAAAAAGUAUUCAUGACAAUUCAGUAAGUUUACAAAAUUCAUCAAGACAAGAAUAUAUUGAAUUGUCUACAAAAGUAGAAGAAGUUGUUUCACAACUUCAAAAAUUAAUGGAAGAAAAAGAACAACAUAUCUUUCUUGAAAAAGGUUCAAGAGCUUUUGGAUUAUUUCCAUUAGAAUUUUUUGGACCACCAAUAAUGGUAUUAUUUAUGGCAAUUGGUUUUACUAUCUUUAGUAUUAUUCUUCCUUUUAUUUUACCAUAUUGUUUUUUCAGUUUUAUUAUAAUAUUAGUUGAAACUAUUAUUCUUUGGAGUGUUAUUAUUGCUCAAAGAAAAGGAAUAAACACAUUAUUUAAGUAUCCACAUUUAAAAAGUCAUUGGUCUCUUUCUCAAUUCUUUUUAUGGAUAACUGUUUUUGUACUUAUUCAUAUUUCGUUUACUAUUUCAUUAAUAUUAGGAUAUGGUGGAAUUAUUAUUUCUUCUAUUUAUUUUGGUAUAUUUCUUGGAUUAGCAUUAUUAGCAUAUAUCAUUUAUAACUCUUCUCAAAUACUUCAUAAAGAAUUUAUCAUUAUUGGGUUAUUUAUUACUGUGUUUGUAUUAACUUUAAUUUCAACAAUAGUACUAUUUUAUUUACAACCAUUUAUUUCUUUAAAUAUAAGAGAAAUGGAAAAACCGUAUCAUGUUAAUAUAUAUCCUAAAGAACCAAUAACUCCUAUGGUAUUAUCAUCUCCUCCUUGGAACUGUUUUUCUCCUCAAAUACAAACUGAUAUUCCAUUACCUCAAAAUCUAACUAUAGUAAUGCCAUCAAGUCCAUCGCCCAACUCAGUUUUACCAACUAUUCGAGGGAUUGUUUCUAGUGAUAUUUCUACAACUACCAUUGACUUUUAUAUUGUUUGUUCAGGAUUUAUUAAAGUGAGUUAUGGUAAAGUAACCUUCAAAUCUUGUGAAACAAAAACAAAUCAAAAUACAUGUUUGACUAAUAAUUGUGGAUGGUGUUCAGUUACAAAAAAAUGUGGUUAUUGUGAAGAUAUUAAUAACUUAUGUAAUAAUGAUGAGACACGUGGUUGUUAG